AUGCCUGCUGCAGACUCUCAGCGUCCCCUACGGGUUUCGAUCGACAGGGUCGGUACCUUCACGGACUGCGUUUGCAAAAUUGCGAGCCAAGAUGAUAUCGUGAUCAAGAUCUUGUCGGUGGACAACAAGAACUAUCCUGACGCUCCAGCAGAGGCUAUCCGGCGAGUGCUGGAAAAGUACAAUGGCUGUUCGAUUCCCCGGGGCACCAAGCUGGACUGCAAAGACAAUGGAUUCGGAUGGGCACGACAGUGGGCGACCAACGCCUUGCUUGAGCGCAAGGGCGAGCGCACAGCUUUCAUGGAGACUGCCGGCUUCAAAGACAUCUUGCAGAUCGGGAACCAAGCCCGACCGAACAUGUUCGACCUGGCAAUCCAACGACCGCAACCAUUGUAUUCGGAUGUUUUCGAAGUCGACGAAAGGGUUGUGCUUGAGCGUUGCAAUGACUCAAAUCUUCGUGAUCUAGACCUACAUUAUCCAGAGCCACUACAGACUGUCAUUGGCACUUCCGGGCAAAAGCUUCAUAUCAUCCAGCCACUCGAUGCUGAAAGCACACAGAAGUAUUUAUUACGGAUAUACGAUUGUGGCUUCCGAUCUGUCACGUUGGCACAGGAAAUUGGUUUCGAGCACAUAUCGCUCUCACACCAAGUGUCGCAGCGAUCGAGGAUUGUCCCUCGAGGCAACUCUACCUUGGUUGACGGAUAUCUCACGCCAACUAUUGAGCGAUAUCUCUCCCAUUUCAGCGCCAGCUUUCCCAAUUUGGAGAAUGGCCACACCAAGUUGGAAUUCAUGCAAUCCGACGGCGGUCUUUUGAACGUUCCCAUCAUUGGUUUCGACAUGGGAGGUACAAGCACCGAUGUCAGUCGAUACGACGGACAGUUUGAUCAAAUAUUUGAGACUACCACGCCUGCUGGAGGCGGGAGUAUUCUUUCUUGGAAGGACUCUUUGAUGGCUGUUGGGCCAGAAAACGCCUCGUCACAUCCCGGUCCAGCAUGCUACAGAAAAAAAGGACCCUUGACCGUGACUGAUGCAAACCUUGCCCUAGGGAGAUUUCUUCCAGAUCAUUUUCCCUCGGUAUUUGGUCCCAACGAGGAUGAACCAUUGGCUUGUGAUAUUGUCCUCUCAAAAUUUAAAGAAUUGACUGCUGCCGUCAACCGCGACACUGGAAAGCUUUUGACAUGGGCAGAGGUGGCACAGGGGUUCUUGCAGGUCGCGAACUCAUCGAUGUGCGGCCCUGUUCGCCAGCUGACGGAAGGAAGAAGAAAUGAUGCUGCGAAACACUACCUCGCUUCCUUCGGAGGAGCAGGAGGACAACAUGCUUGUGCUAUAGCUGAAGCACUCGGUAUCAGGCGUGUCCUCAUCCAUAAGCAUUCUUCCAUCCUGUCUGUGUAUGGCAUUGGCUUGGUCGACAUCGUGAAUGAUGAAGAGAGGCCGUAUGGCAAAGCAUUCGAGGACUCAGCAAAGGAUACGAUAUAUUCAGAUCUAGAAGAGCUGUCAAAUAUCUCGCGAAAUCACACCACGAUGAGUCGUUAUUCUCAUGUGGAGGUCAGCCAAUCUCUCUUCAUGCGCUAUGACGGUAGUGAAACUUCACUGAUGGUGCAGGCCGGAAACGGUGGCGAUGCAAAACAAGAUUUCAUCAACGCUCAUCACCAGCAAUUUGGUUUUACCCCGGUCCCCGAGCUAGAGGCAUUGCUUAAUCCGAACGCAAAAGCAUCUCUCCCUAAGCCUACGUCAACCAAGUCCGUCUACUUCAAGUCCCCUGGGUGGGUCGAAGCUCCGGUAUAUCUUGGAUGUUUGCCUGUUGGGAGCACUGUUGAGGGACCGGCUUUGGUGGUCGACAAUACGCAGACUAUAGUUGUCAACCCUAACUGUUCGGUAACAGCUACCAAGGAUCUUCUGAUACUGGAUUUCGGCUACGAAGAAAGGUCGGUCAGUGCCAGACUCAUCGACCCAAUUCAGCUCUCCGUCUUCCGUCAUCGGUUCUAUGGAGUAGCCGAGCAGAUGGGACGAGUAUUGCAGAAAGUCAGCGUGAGUGCAAAUAUCAAGGAGCGCUUCGAUUUCAGUUGUGCCAUCUUUUGGCCGGAUGGCUUUUUAGUCGCCAAUGCACCUCAUGUCCCUGCAAUUAUUAGCAGUAUGGGAUUUGCUGUCAAGUCGCAGAUUCAGCAGUGGUCAGGCAAGCUACAGGAUGGCGAUGCCCUACUUUCCAAUUCACCCGCUUUUGGAGGUGUUCAUCUACCAGAUUUGACCGUCAUAACGCCAGUCUUUGAUUCCGAAGGGAAGGAUAUUAUCUUCUGGACAGUUUCCAGAGGUCAUCAUGCUGAUGUCGGCGGAAUCUUCCCCGGCUCUAUGCCUCCUUCAUGGAAACGGUUAUGCGAAGAGGGCACCGUGUUCAACUCGUUCCUUCUUGUUUGA